AUGGUGCACCCGCAAGCCGCCUGGUGCGAUUCGAUAGAUGACAUCUUGGCAGUUAUGGGCGAGCGCGACAUCGUAACACACUGUUUCCAUGAAAGCGAAUGUGGCAUCUUGGACGACAACGGUAAGGUUCGUAAGUCUGUGCAUGAGGCGAUGGAACGCGGCGUUGUCUUUGAUGUGGGUCACGGUGCAGGGUCUUUCUCAUGGGAUACCGUUGAAAGCGCGAUGCGCCAAGGUGUUGCACCACAAACAAUCUCGUCAGAUCUGCACAUCUACAAUGUCAACGGUCCCGUCUACGACUUGGCAAAUGUUGUGACAAAAUUCCUCCAUCUCGGCAUGUCGCUCAACGAUGCCAUCGCGAAAGUUACCUCAGUGCCGGCAGAGGUGAUUCUGAUGUCGGACAAAAUUGGCACACUGGCACCGGGCGCUUGGGGAGACGCAAUUAUCUCUGAACUGCGCGAAGGCGAAUUUCAAUUGGUAGAUUCGCGCGGCGAAACCCGUAUCGGCAGGCAGAACUUUGUGCCGGUGACUGUUGUCAAGGGCGGGCGAGUGUAUCGGCAAAGAGCGAGUUAA